UCUAUAUUUCUCUUCCUCUCCCUCUCUCCAAUCAAGUUAUUAAACCCUAAAUGAUGAUCACCAAAAAGGUUGAUGAAUGUACAUUCUACCCUACAAUGACGAUAAAAGGAGGCACAAGCCAAGCCUGUGCUGCGUGCAAAUACCAAAGACGAAAGUGUGCUAAGGACUGCGCUCUUGCUCCACACUUUCCGCCCGAUCAACCGAAGCUGUUUCAAAACGCCCACCGAUUGUACGGCGUUGCGAACAUAAUGAAGAUUCUAAAGCAAGUUCAUCCUGAGAAAAGGGAGGAGGCUAUGAGAUCGAUCAUAUAUGAAUCCAAUAUGUGUGCCAAAUUUCCAGUCACCGGAUGUAUGGGCAUCAUAAACCAAUUGACUUUCCAGUUACAGCAAGCCCAAGAAGAGCUUCGAUAUGUGAGAACGCAUCUUGCAAUUUGCAAGGAUCAAUGUCAAUAUCGAAUGCCUUCUUCCCCGCAGCACUACUCGUGUCCUUCAUCGCAGUUGCAGCUAGGUAUACCUACGAACCCCGAUGUGGCGGCUCUGACACUUUAUCAACAACAUCAAUAUCCGUAUCAAUAUGCUUCUGGUGGCAGUGGUGGAACGCCCUGGGUGGCUAAUGAGUAUCUUGCAAAUGGACUUAAUGGGGUUUAUAUUGACGAAAAUGAUAAUAUGGUAAAACCUCUUAGGUUUCAACAUCCCUAUUAUGACGAUAACAAUGUCGAACAACUUAUGGCUAUUCAGUCCAAUUUGGUUCCUUCACAAGCCUUUCCUAUUCACCAAGAAAUGGAUGUUCCCCAUGAUUAUGAUGACAUUCCAUUUGAUACAAUUGCUGAUGAUCGACAAUCGUAUAUCGAAUCUAAAGAAGCCUGUGAGUCUAGUGCUGAAUCAUCGUUCAAGGGCACGCAAUCGAUCGAACAUGUCUCACAGAAUGAUCUCAAGAGUGCGGCAGCAUGCUUCAGUCUAACAAGUGUGAAGUAG